UCGAGAUCGGGGUCACCACCCACAGCCCUACAACCCUACAGCUGCCGUCCACCAUGACCAACCUCAGAUCCGUGUCUUUAUGGGGUCCUUAUGGGGAUAAAUGGGCCGGGUCCAUCGAGAUCGGGGUCACCACCCACAGCCCUACAACCCUACAGCUGCCGUCCACCAUGACCAACCUCAGAUCCGGCACGUGGAUGAUGACGGGUAACGGGGUGAUGCACAACGGGACCACGGUGCUGGAUGAAUAUGGGCACAACCUGGACAGGCUCAAGGCCGGUGACACGGUGGGGGUGGUCCGACGUGAGGACGGGACCCUAUGAAACCCCAUAGGGUUCCA